GAGGGCGCUGCGCGCGCGACCCAAGCUGGCCGUGGAGGCGGAGGCUGCGUCGGCCGUGGCGGAGGGGCUCCGGCUCUGCCCACUGGCCAGUUCAAGUUGCGAAAUGAGGCCGCAGCAGCCGCCUGUUGGCAGCAAGGUCUUUGUCCAGCGGGACUACAGCAGUGGCACCAAAUGCCAGUUCCAGACCAAGUUUCCUACGGAAUUGGAGAAUCGAGUCGACAGGCAGCAGUUUGAAGAAACAGUGCGAACUCUAAACAAUCUUUAUGCAGAAGCAGAGAAGCUUGGGAGCCAAUCUUACCUUGAAGGGUGCCUGGCCUGCUUGACUGCCUACACUAUAUUCUUGUGCAUGGAAACACAUUAUGAAAAGGUUCUGAAGAAGAUUGCCAAGUAUAUUCAGGAACAGAAUGAGAAGAUCUAUGCCCCGCAGGGCAUCCUCCUGACGGACCCCAUUGAGAGAGGGCUCAGAGUUAUUGAAAUUACCAUUUAUGAAGACAGAGGUGUGAAUAGUGGGAGAUAAAUCCUGAUGUCCAAGGGUCCAGCUUUUGUUCCAGAAAGUUCCCCUACCUCCUCCGUCAUAACAUCAUUCCUUUCUUCUGCCGCCAACCCCAUGGUGCCAUCUACCACAAAGACUUAACUUCUCAAAAUCCUACUCCUUCACAGCAAAAUCCCAUGGACAGGAUAGCAUCCAUUUUGUGUCAUAUGGGUAAGCCA